AUGGUACCAGAAAGCUGGCAUCGUGGCGAUUAUCUGGUCUCGACAGAUCCGGAGCUCCUCCAGGUUGAGGCUGUCAAUGCCGCUCUAGGCUCAGAUAUGGUGUGGUGGGCUGGGGACUUGCCAGCAGAUGCCCUUCGAGAGGCACUACACAAUUCACUCUGCUUUGGCAUCUACCAAAAAUCAGCCGUAGGGACAUCAAAUGGAAUAGAGUCUUCUUCGCCAUCAAAUGGAGUCGAACCUUCGAACCAUACGUCUCCCCCUUUCAAGCAGAUCGGACUCGUCCGAGUCAUUACGGAUCACGUCACGUUCGCCUACCUGACCGAUGUGUAUAUCCUGGACGGGCAUCAAGGAGCCGGUCUCGGCCGCUGGGUACUCGAAAUCUUGAAUGAGAAGCUUCGGAGCUGGCCGCAUCUUCGACGCGUGAUGCUUCUGACGACGGACAAGAUGCAUCUUUUUCACAAGAAUUUAGGUAUGAAAGACUACAGGGAGUUUGAUGGUAUGAAGGGAGUUUCGAUCGCUAUGGUUGAAGGCCCGGGCGCUCAGCACUGA